GUGUUUCUUUUAAACCCGGAAAUAUUUGUUGUGUUUUUUGCGUGACCAGAAGGCGCCGAACGGAAAACGGUGUGCUUUCUGUGUUGUUAUUCUGAAAGUUAAAGUGCUACUGGUGUGUAGAGUCCAUCCCCAAGCUACCGGGGACUUCUGGAAGUCGGGGCUUAGCCUUCGGACUGGCUGCUGUUUGUUAACCGUUCCCCGUGUUUGCCAGUACCGUCGUGAUGGCGGCCGGAGGCGGCGCGGCUCCUCCACAUGUCGGUGAUGUUGAAGAAGAUGCAUCACAGCUGAUGUUUCCUAAAGAGUUUGAGAAUGCAGAGACGCUGCUGAACUCAGAGGUCCACAUGUUGCUGGAACACAGGAAGCAGCAGAACGAGAGCGCCGAGGACGAACAGGAGCUGUCCGAGGUCUUCAUGAAGACCCUGAACUACACGGCUCGAUUCAGCCGCUUCAAAAACAGAGAGACCAUCACCGCUGUACGCAGUCUCCUCCUGCAGAAGAAGCUCCAUAAGUUUGAGUUGGCCAGUUUGGCAAAUCUGUGUCCUGAAGCUGCUGAAGAGGCCAAAGCCCUGAUUCCCAGUCUGGAGGGCCGGUUUGAAGACGAGGAGCUGCAGCAGAUCCUAGACGACAUCCAGACCAAGAGAAGCUUCCAGUACUGAGCCCAGGACCAGGACUACCAAGUGGUGCUCCUGCUGGAGUCUCGGUCCUGUUCAGAUCCUGCUCUCCUUUCCACAGUGUUCUUUGUCAGGACUGAACUGAUGUGGAUCCUGAUGGUCUCGUGUUCACCAGCAGGUUUUCAUUUGAAACUGAGUUGAGUCAAUCUCCAUAUGUCCGGCUGAUCGUUGAUCCUGUCACAAUAGAAGGACGUGUCUGUUUUUUUACACAGCCAUUGUUUCUGGCUUUUGUUUUGUACUUUUGCCACUUUUUAUUCACUGGUCAAUGUUCAUCAGUGUUGAUGGAUCAGAUCUUUGUUUUUUUGGAAAGACAGCUCCACUGUCUCCCAGCUCUAGUCUUAUGUUGGUAGUGCAAUCUUAAACCCGUGAACCCGACGCUACAAACACGGACAGAUCAUCAAUUGCCUUCAGCAGAUCAAUCGACAGCAGAAUUUAUGCAUUUAAGUCUGCUAUUCGGUUUGACGUCCAAAGCCGCUCAUUAGUGGUUUUGAAAAUGUAUCUGCCACAGAAUUUGAAUAAAACUAUUGAUGAUGAA